AUGUCGCAGAGCACCAGACAGUCGGCAAGAAACAAGCAGAAACAGGCAUACGUGGUCCCCGUGCAGAAGGAGUACGUGGCCAAGUAUGUCCAUAACAACCAUCCAGAUAACGCCAAUCGAGAAUCUCAAGGGGGGGUAUUUGAUUUCUCCAGAGAAGAAUUACGUAAUUAUCGUCUAAAGUAUUUGAAUACAGACAAUAUUCUCACCCCAGACACGCACACUUUCCAGGGCGUGCUACUUGGCGGUAGCACGAACCGGAUUGCGCACGAGACCGCGACGGUUGCGCGCGAGCGGGAGGGGCGGGCGCAGGGCGAGAGCGGAGUGUACGGGACACGCACGGAGGGCGAUCUUCAGUCGGCGGUGCGCGAGCACGCGGGGGAGAGUCUCACUGUGAGGGAGAGCGACGUGCUGGUGAACUUUGUCUAUAAGGUGCGCCGCGAGCAGGAGGAGGGCGCUGGGAAGUUCCGCGUGCGGUUCAACCACUAG